AUGGGGUGGCCGCGAUAUUCCACCUUUCCUCUACGGCGCGCCUCCCUGAUGAGGAUAUCUUUCGUCUGGUACCGACAUGGAACUCGCUGUGCAGGGGAAGUUGCAGCGGUGGCCAACAACUCCAACUGCGUUGUCGGCAUCGCCUACGAUGCUCACAUUGGAGGGAUCCGGAUGCUGGACGGGGAUGUCACCGACAUAGUGGAGGCCAAGUCCCUGGGGAUUAGACCCGACUACAUCCACAUCUACAGCGCCAGCUGGGGGCCCAAAGACGAUGGCAGGACAGUGGACGGCCCGGGGCCCCUCACCAAGCAGGCCUUUGAGCAAGGCAUCCGGAAGGGGCGCAGAGGCCUGGGCUCCAUCUUUGUUUGGGCAGCAGGUAACGGAGGUCGGCAGGGGGACCACUGCUCGUGUGACGGCUACACCACCAGCAUCUACACCAUCUCCAUCUCCAGCACCACGGAGAACGGAAACAAGCCCUGGUACCUGGAGGUGUGUAGCUCCAUCAUGGCCACCACCUACAGCAGCGGAGAGUUCCACGAGAGGAAGAUCGUGACCACCGACGUGUGGCAGCGCUGCACCGACGGACACACCGGCACCUCCGUGUCGGCUCCCAUCGCUGCAGGGGUCAUCGCGCUCGCUCUGGAGGCCAACCUCCUGCUCACCUGGAGGGAUGUGCAGCACCUGCUGGUGGAGACGUCCAGACCGCUGCACCUGAAGGCUGACGACUGGAGGACCAACGCUGCUGGACACAGAGUCAGCAGCCUGUACGGGUUCGGUCUGGUGGACGCAGAGGCCAUGGUGAUGGAGGCGGUGAAGUGGAGGACCGUUCCUGCUCAGCACACCUGCAGCCACGUGUCUGUGCAGCAUGGCAGGCACCUCCCUGCCGGCCGGAGCCUGAACAGCAGCAUCAGCACCUCCGGAUGUUCAGACACGCCCCAGCAGCAUGUGGAUUACCUGGAGCACGUCGUCGUCAAGGUGUUCAUUGCUCACCCGCGACGGGGAGACCUGGAGAUCAACCUCCAUUCUCCGUCAGGGACCAGCUCACAGCUCCUGGCCAAGAGAUUGUUUGACAGCUCUAAAGAGGGCUUCAGGAACUGGGAGUUCAUGACUGUUCAUUUCUGGGGUGAGAGGUCAGAGGGCACGUGGACCCUGGAGAUUACUGAUUCACCGUCGAAGCUGCGUAACCCUCAGGUUCUGGGGAACCUGAAAGAAUGGACUCUAAUCCUUCACGGCACCUCUCAGAACCCUCGGCAGCCCGACGGUACUCAGGUCCACUCCAGAACGCCGGAGGUCCCAGGAGGGACCGUGCAGGAGCCGGGUCUCCAGGAGGACGAGGACGACGAGGAGUACGACGGGCCGUGCCACCGUGACUGUGGAGACCAGGACUGUGACGGGCCGGGGGCUGAACACUGUCUCAACUGUGUUCACUUCAGCUUGGGGAACGUCAAAAGUGGCAGGACCUGUGUGAGUCACUGUCCCCUUGGCUACUACGAGGACGCAGCGUCCCGCCGCUGCAGGCGCUGCCCCCGAGGCUGUGAGAGGUGUGAGGGCCCGUCCCCCGGCAGCUGCCUCUCCUGCAGGAGGGGCCUCCACCUCCAUGCCACCAGCUCCACCUGCACCCACACCUGCCCCCCCGGCCACUUCGCAGAUGAGAAUCAGAGGAGGUGUGUGAGUUGCCAUGACAACUGCACGGCGUGUGUGAGCUCUGCAGACAGGUGCACGGCGUGCGGCGAGGGCUACAGCCUGGCCGGGAUGACCUGCCUGCCUCUGUGUGCCGACGGAACCUUCUUCCACCUGGAGGAGAUGACCUGCAGCCCCUGUCACUCCUCCUGUCACACCUGCACAGGGCCGGGGGAGGAGGAGUGUAUUCACUGUGCGGAGGGUUUCCUGCAGCAGGAGUGGCAGUGUGUGCAGGCCUGUGCUCCUGGAUACUACUCUGGAAAGGCAGCAAGACUCCCUCAUAAGAUCUGCCACAGGUGUGAGGACAACUGUCUGAGCUGCAGCGGUUCUGGGAACACGUGCAACAAGUGCAAAGCAGGCUACCGUCUGAUCAGCAGGACCUGCAUCGCAAAUGCAGCUUGUAAUAAUGCUGAUGAGGUGUUCUGUGAGAUGGUGAAGUCCAACCGUCUCUGUGAGAGGAAGUUCUACCACCAGUUCUGCUGCCGUACCUGUCUGAUGAAUGGAUGAAGAGCUAAUCGUCCCUCGCUCCUCUGGUUUCGCUCCAAAUCACACAUUCGAAAAGAAACAGAUGA